CAUACUAGGGCAAUGCAACUUGCACAAAUAUGCUUAACUCUAUAUAUACAUAGUUUCCAGAACAAUGCUUGAACAUGCACAUAUACAGCCCAGACCAAUAAUAAAAUCUGUCCUUAUCGUAGCAUUUUCUUUCUCCUCAAUGGCUUCAACUCUCUCAUCAAUCUUCUCUUCAGACAGCAAAUACUACCCUCAAUCUAAUGAUACUUUUAUUGCACCAGAAGAAGUAAAUCAAUCAAAUGACAACCAUAAUAUGCUUAAUGGUCUUGGAAUGUGGCUAGGCCAAGAAGAUUAUUACUUUCCAUUUUCCAACAAUUUUGGACCUUUUGAAAACUUGCCUCUCUCAGAAUGUACUAAUAACAUCGAUUGUCAUUCAUCCACUUCUAACUCCAUAAUGGAAGUUCCAACCUUUGGCACGACGUCGUCAGCGUUCGACGACAACAACAGUCAUAGCACAGGCUACACCCAUUUAUCAGUUACAGGCAGUACUACUUACAAUGAAUUAGAAGGCAAUGCUUACAGUACGUUACAAAAUUAUGUCCCAAGUUCCAACAAUUAUGCUGCUACUCUUCCUGAGUGUUGGGGAUUUCAAAGUCACGCGACCGAAAGUUCUGGAUCAGAGAACAGUAGUACUAAAGUGCGAAAAUAUUCGGCUGAAGAAAAAAAGGAUAGGAUUCUUCGAUAUCUUAAGAAGAGAAACCAAAGAAACUUCCGCAAAACUAUUAAGUAUGUCUGUCGUAAAACCUUGGCCGAUCGGAGGGUUCGAAUUCGGGGUCGAUUUGCCAAAAAUCAAGAAGAACAAUCACCCACAAGUUACAACCAUUUUAUUACCCAAGAAAAUGGUGUACCAUUACCAUUUCAUAAUGCUGGGAGUAAGAGCGAAAAUUAUGGUGAAAUCAACGAAGAAUGGCUGCAAGAAGCAAUGUCAAGCCUACUAUAUGUGCCUUACAUCAAUAGUUGGCAUCCUGAUCGACCUACUUUGUUUCUGAGUAACUAGACAAUAUUAUUUGUUGUACUAAUGCUCUAUACAUGUUCAAGGGAAAAAAGGAAAGAAAAAUUUACUACACGAUUUUAUCGAUCUAAUUAUCAGUCUGGUAGGUUGUAUAUAAUUGUGGUAAUCGUAAUGGUUUUAUGUAUAAUAUUGUAACAAAGAUUAUUGUCGCGGGUAGGAGAUGCCACUCAAGUAUGCGGUUUCUUUUCCUCUUUAGAUUUUUAUUACCAAGCAUUAGAUAUUAUAGUAAGAGUUAGCUAGGUGGUCUCAUAAGAAGCACAUAUUCUUAGGAGUAGCUAGAGUUGCAAUAUGUACCAUUGAAAUAUAUUUUUCUCACCAAUAUAACGCAUUUAAUCAUUAUUACUAUUAUUAUCAUUGUUACUAUUUGAUGUUGUUUUUUUACCAAACCGAUAUUCAGAU